AUGACCAAAAUGUUAUGCAUUGAUGACAUCGAGUCAUACGCUUUGCAACACUUGAGUAAAGCGACCGCCGAUUACUAUAAGAGCGGUGCGAAUGACGAGAACACUCUUCGCGAGAAUCGGAGGGCUUUCCAGAGACUGAGAAUUAGACCGCGAUUUCUAUGCGAUGUGAGUGAACGCGAUCUGACGACUACUGUAUUGGGACAUCACCUCUCACUUCCCAUCUGCGCCUCGCCCUCAGCCAUGCAAAGAAUGGCUCAUCCGAUGGGAGAGUUAGCAACGGCUAAGGCGUGUGAAUCUGUGGGAACAAUAAUGACUUUGAGUACAAUCGCC